AGAGAUGAGUAAGUUUCAUGCAUGAUGAGAAUACUAAUAUACUCCAUUGUUUACAAACAGGACCAAGUUUUUGUUUGUGUGGAUGAAAAAGGAGAACAAGAGACAGCCCAAACCAUUUAAGGUUUUGAUAUUGAUCUGGAAUGCGACAUGAUUUGGGGCGUGAGCAAUUCAGAGAAGGUACUUGAUUCUCACUCUGCUAUAUACCAGAUGGCCGAAUCAGAACCUCGGGAAGGAAACUAUGAUAACAUGGUAAAGAUGGUGGAGGACCCAAAUAGGGACUUAGAAAAACUUCUGGAGGAAAUGGAAAAACUAACAGUGCAGGCAACCUGGAUGGCAUAUGACAUGGUAGUUAUACGUACCAACCCAGACCUGGCCAACUCCAUGAGGCGUUUGGAAGAUGCCUUCCUGAGUUGCAAAGAAGAGAUGGAGAAGAAAUGGCAAGAGGUGCUAAUGGAAUCUAAAGGUGAAGAGGAAAAAAAGGAAUAAAUUGAAUUCAGUCAUGCAGGCAGAACUCCAUCCCUUGGAAAAUCACUCUAGUCUUUUUGUUUUCCAGCCGUGGAGGUUUCACAGACACCAUGGAAAAUGGAUUGGCUUUCAUCUUGCUAAGAACUACUUACGUGUAUGCAUCUACAGAAGUAUUGUAAUGAGAUUACACAGAGAUAUAUAUUUAUAUUGUUGAAGGUAAAAGCUAACAAUGUGUCUCUUUUUAUUAUGCUCAUCAGUAAUCCGUGUAGUGUGUAUGCAUACGCAAUUUACAUGCCUUCCUGGAAGAUCAUACUCACUUUGUUGUCAAUAUAUGUGGAAUUCUUUGACGCCUAAACAAUUGGGGGGGGGGGGGGGGGGGGUGCAGUGGACCAUCGCAGUGGUAUUGCACCAGCAGAUGCCUUUCAAGGAAAACUGAAGAAUUACUUUUGUUCCAAAUGAAAAACAGGUGAAAUUCUAGAUUUGCAGAUACUUGAGUUAGUUUGACGUGGGAUUGCCAGCUACAUGUUCAGUUACAGAAUUUUACUAUUCAGAUAGCUCAUCUGUAGUUGUUUCAUUUUGUUUCCUUGGCUUUUUAACCAUUUCUUGGGACUACUUUUCCCAGAUUGUUCU